AUGGGAAAAUUCAGCACGUACAGAUACUUAGAGUUAAAAGAUGAUACCGCAGCUCCACAUAUCAACGUUAGAAGUAGGACCAUAAAGCACACACGGAAAUUGAAGAAGAUUUUUAUUUUCCUCAUAAUAUUGGCCUUAUGCAUCACAUACUUUUUGGGGCUGUUUGCUGGCCAGUCACAAUGGUUGGACGGCAUCGCAAAGAGUUUGGGCUACGAGAGUGUCUAUCAUCACGCGGUCAUCAUCGACGCCGGCUCUUCGGGAUCCAGGGUGCUUGCUUAUAAGUUUAGAGUACCUUUUACAGUAUUCGGCCCGGGUAACCUGGACUUAGUAGAUGAAUACUUUGAACAGUCUAAACCCGGACUCUCGUCUUACGCUGAUGACCCGGCAAAGGGUGCAGAUACAAUAGUGCAAUUAAUAAAGAAAGCGGAGUUCCUCACACCUCUUGAGAAGAGGAAGUCGACUCCUCUCAUAGUUCGAGCUACGGCCGGUCUGCGACUGUUACCAGCUGACAAGGCACAGCAACUCAUCGACCAUGUCGCUAGAGCUAUAUCCCAACUGGGUUACGACGUGGCUCUUGAUGGCGUGAAGAUCAUGGACGGCUCUGAUGAAGGAAUCUUCAUCUGGUACACCAUCAACCUCUUACAUAAUCUCAUGGGCGGGUCAACAAUGGCGGCCCUGGACCUCGGCGGUGGGUCCACACAGAUCACCUACCAGUUGAGCAACAAAGAGACCGCCAACUUCCCCAAAAAGGACCAAUACGUCGUGCCCGCUGGGGACAACAUCACUCUGUAUACACACAGUUACUUGAAGCUAGGUCUGCUGGCGGCUCGUUACGGUGUAUUCCAAUCGGAGACGUCCGAGGGAGAGACGCCGGAGUUCCGAUCCGUGUGCGUCGACCCCAUCAUACAACGGGAACCAUGGACGUAUGCUAACAAGAACUACUUCGUCAGCGGUUCGUUCCGCGUGCACGGGUCGAAGCGGUCAGCAAUAUACGCGGCGUGCCACGACGCCGUGCGGCGCAGCGUGAUGCCCAACGUGGACUGGGAGCCCAAGCGCGCGCCGCUCGGCAGCGUCGCCGCCAUGAGCUACUUCUACGACGUCGCGGCGGACGCCGGCAUUAUAGAUGUAAUGACGGGCGGGCAAGUGUCAGUAGCGGCUUACCGCAAGGCAGCUUUGGAAGCGUGCUCUACUCCCAACGUGGACCAGCCGUGGGCCUGCAUAGACUUGGUGUACAUCGUCACAUUACUGCAAGAUGUCUACAAGAUCAGUGACGAUGAACCGAUAUAUUUAUUCAAGAAAGUGAACGGCCACGAAGUAUCUUGGGCGCUGGGACUUGCGUACACGACGAUCAUGAACCGCAUCGUGAUCACGCCUUAG